GACGGCGGCGCGCGAUCGCCGCCGCAGACCAUUACCGAACGGGUCGGCAGUCCGGUCCGUGCCGCGUCCGGUGACGUUCAGAAGUGUGCGCGCGCGCCCCAGUCCGUCCGUUUAACCGUCGUCCGUUUGAGGAUAUUUUCCUCUAGCCGCUGCCGUCUGUGUCCUCGUACGGAUAUUCGUUUUUCUCGGCGGACACGCGGUGACAGUGCCGAGUACCCGCAGAGCAAAGUCGGAGAUAUUGUAUACGGAUACGCGAUAAACGUUUACUUUCGUUCGAAUCCACCGCAGCCGACGAGAUGAGGCCGCCGAUCGAACAGGAAAUCGAAGACGCCGAGGUGGAAGUGGCCGACAGCCAGCAGCAGCAGACCGCGGUCAUGUUGGUGUCCACCAGACUGGCCGGGAACGCGGUGAUCCGUGUCGUGAACCGGUGCAACGAAGCGCAGGAGAGCAACGAUUUGGACUUGUCCGAAUGUCAGCUGAUGCAGAUCCCCGACGCUAUUUAUCUGCUCCUGCAGAACACGCAUUUGAUCAAGUGCGAUCUGUCGAACAAUGUCAUUUCAAAGCUGCCCGUGAAGUUCGCCGAACGGUUUUCGAGUAUUACAGAGUUGAAUUUAUCUCAUAAUCAAAUCAGUAAACUCCCAGAACAACUGUCCGAAAUGAAAAGUCUUCAAAAGCUGAACAUAUCAUACAACUCGUUCAUUGAGUUACCCGAACCAGUCUCUCGUCUAUCAGAAUUAACAAGUUUAAUUGCCAAUAAUAACUUUAUUAUAGAUGUAGAUGUAAGGACAUUAGAAUCGUGUUUGAAGCAUUUGAAAGAAGUUGAUCUCAUGGAAAAUCCCCUCAAUACUCCAACGGUCGAAGCGUUAGAACGAGAACUGCCCUUUAGUGUAUCGUUUACACCCCCAACCGAUGAAGACUGGAGAGAUUUAGAUAAUUGAUUAACAAACAAAACAUUUGACAAUACAGAAAUAUAUUUUUUAAUUAGCUAAUAAAAUGUUUUUAUUCAUUUGUAUCAUCGUUUUUUUCUUAUUAUUUUUUAUAUAGUUUUCAGUGGCUCAUUCGCUCCAAAAUAACAAUUUAAAAUAAUUAUUACAUAAAAUAAAUUGGGUCCCUACCCACAUAUCACUGCA